GACUUUGGUUGAGAGGCGGCGGGCGGUUGAACCGACGACCAGCCGGCAGAGAUGACUUAAACAGCGGAUGUCAGAGCAGUUUCCUCCCGCUCUUUAGGUUUUAAUACAAGAAGAAGUCAAAAUGCUCCUAAGGGGAAUACUCUUUUACACCAGCUGCGAGUUAGACAAGAUGUGUCCGUGAAGGCAUCAUGGCAAACGUUAAAGUUGCCAUUCGAGUGCGUCCUCUCAACGCAAGGGAGAGCGCAGAUGGAGGAAGGCUCGCGGUUCAGGUGGAGGACAAGCUUGUGAGGAUCAGGAAUGUAAAGCUGGACGGACGUACAGAUGGUGCUGUGGAUUCGAGGGAGAAGCUCCUGGAGUUUUGUUUUGACUACUGCUACUGGUCGGUGGAUGCCGCAGAGCCUCACUAUGCCUCGCAGGAGGAGGUGUUCCAGGACCUGGGUGUGUCGGUGCUGUCCGGAGCCUCUGAGGGCUACAAUGUGUGUCUGUUUGCUUACGGCCAAACGGGAUCUGGGAAGACAUACACCAUGAUGGGGACACCGGACUCCAUUGGCUUGACCCCUCGGAUCUGUCAGGGUCUCUUUAGGUCUGAAGACACUCUUCCUGAUGGGCAAAACUCAAGCAGAGUGGAGAUCAGCUUCCUUGAGAUCUAUAACGAGCGUGUGCGAGACCUGCUGAGAGGAGGAGAGCAGAAGAAAAGAACCUCUCUGAGAGUUAGAGAACACCCUGAGAAAGGACCCUAUGUACAAGACUUGUCACAGCACCUGGUCUCAGACUGCAAGCAGGCCAUGGACCUUUUGGAGGAAGGCAUCGCUAACCGAAUGACUGCAGCAACCCACAACCAUGAUGCCAGCAGCAGAUCCCACGCCAUCUUCACCAUCCAGUACACACAGGCGAUCCUAGAAAACAACCUUCCCUCUGAAACUGUCAGCAAGAUUAACCUGGUGGACUUGGCUGGGAGUGAGCGAGCAGACCCCCACUACUGCAGGGACAGACUGACAGAGGGCUCUAACAUCAACAAGUCGCUGGUCACUUUGGGCAUCGUCAUUUCUGCUCUUGCCCAGAACUCCCAGAUGUCCAGCAGCUGUCAGAGUAUCAACAGCAUGGCCUCCGAGGGCGAUGGCAGCACGGUUGGAAGCCACAGCAGCUCCCUGUCUGGAGGAGGAGGAGGAGGAGGUGGGAGGAGGCACUGCUUCAUCCCCUACAGAGACUCAGUCCUAACCUGGCUGCUGAAAGACAGCCUGGGAGGCAACUCAAAAACCAUCAUGAUUGCAACAAUCUCACCCUCCGCCAGCAGUUACAACGAGACCCUCAGCACCCUGCGCUACGCAGCUCAUGCCAGAAAUAUCGUCAACAAGCCUCGGGUUAAUGAGGAUGCCAGUGUUCGGCUGAUCAGGGAACUGAGAGAGGAGAUUGACAGGCUGAAGAGCAUGCUGCUCAGCUUUGAAAUGCAGCGUAAUCCCAGUCCAUCCCUGAGCGAUGAGAGGGAUGGAAAUCUCUCUGACAUCGUGCUACAGAACGAACUGAAGGUGGAGCAGCUGACAAAGGACUGGUCGGAGAGCUGGAGAGACAAGAAGGAGCUGCUGGAGCAGUACAGCGUGGACAUCAACCGAGACCAGGCUGGAUUUCUCAUCAACUCGCUCCAGCCACACCUGGUUACUUUGGAUGGUGAUGUCCUCAGCACCGGGGUCGUCUUCUAUCACCUCAGGCAAGGAGUUACCCGCAUUGGACCUCAGGAGGAGUUUGAAGACCCACAUAUAGUUCUGCAGGGCAGUGCCAGCUGUGAGAUUGAAAACCACGGAGGUGUGGUAACACUCAGGCCGCUGCCGGGCUGCGUCUGCCUGCUCAACGACAGAGAGGUCACCGAGCCCUGCAGACUGGCUCAAGGGACGGUGAUCACCCUGGGAGGAGUGCAUAAGUUCCGCUUCAACCACCCAGCAGAGGCUGCCGUCCUCCGGGAGCGCAGACGGGCCAGUGAAGGUGGCAUGACCUGCACAUACAUUGACCUUUGCCCCAUGACUCCUGACCUCAGUGUCGAAGAAGUGAAGCUCCAAGGCCAGCUGGGUGCCUCUCUUUCCCCCAGUGAGGAGCCUACUGCUAGGCAGCGCGUGGAGGAGCAGCAGCGCUACGUGGAAAGUUUGCGACAGGAGAUUCAGGCUGAACAGAGGCGAGCUGAGAGAGAGCUGGAGAGGGAGCAGGCCCACCUCCGACAGCAACACAAUGACAUCCAGCAGUGGAUUUUCCAGGAGAAACAGCGCCUUACAACUGUAGAGCAAAGAAUCACCCAAGAGUCCGGAGUGCAAACUGACCUUAUCCCUGCACCCCUCCUGGAGCGAGUGGCAAGUCAGGUAUCUGAAAACCAGGAAGGUCAGACAGUGGAUGGUCCGUCUCAGGUGGCAAGGGCUAGGAAGAAGGCGGUGCAGGAGGAACUUCUAAAGCAUCACGCCCUUUGCCGUGCCGAGAGCCGCAUCCGUCGGAAAAAGUUGCACUACCAGUUGGAGAGAAUCGCCCGCAAGCGGCAUCUGUUGGAAGCUAAGAGGGAAUUGCAGCAGCUGGAAAGCGCCUUGCCUCCAGCACCAGACAGCCCCGAGUCUCCUGAGCUGGGGUCCCCUACGAAACUCAGAGGAAGACCAUUUGUUUCUCGUAGACACUCUUUCUCUGCAGAUAUUCUGUCCCGGCUCUACCCACAGAACACCCCGAUCUUCAGGCACUUCCUCAAGAGAAACAGAUCCAUAGAGCUGACGUCAAAUUCCUCCACAACCUCUGAAUCCAUCGACAGCAGGAAGUGGGUUUCGGAUGAGUGUCUUCCUCGGCAAAGAACCCAGAGUUGUUCUGGUACGUUCUUCUCAGGACAAAGCCAAGCCAGCCGGAGCAGAGUAAGCUCCUCUGAAAACAUCAGACAAACUGCCAAAGAGGAGCCCCAAGCUCAGCCCUGUCGGGAACGACCAGAAAGAAAACCUCUGCUGCCAAACAGAAACCUGUCUUUUAAGAACAGAUCGGAUCAGAGCUCAGCAGUUACUCUGAAGUCACCACUUGGAACGGCUUUGCAGCCAAACAGCAAAGAAAAUAUACAAGGACCCACCACAUGCAAACCCAGUAACCAGAUUGUCCCUUGCAUGAAUGCGAUAACUCAACCUCAUGCAGGUAGCAACGGACUGGAAACCAUCAAGAAGACUUUCACUCGUUCUGUGGGGCCCAGGUUAAAAACAGCUCUCUCCAAAGUGUUCAGGAAGCCACCAUCAGGUGGAAAUGGAGGACGAAGCCCCAAACCUCUGGGGAAGAUAGCUAGCAAAUUUCACUGGAGACAAAGAAGAGACAGGUGCCUUAAAGAAACCAAGAUGAGCCGAAGCAAUUGUACUGUUAAAGCAGCUGCCUCAUGUGAGGAGCUUGACCAAAGGACACUGUUUGAGGAUGUUAGACAGAGGCGGUGGCAUAGCACAGAGGCUCUGAUGAACAAGACCAGCAGAUGGGUCGAGAGACAGCAGGGAUUGACGGAAUGGGAGGAAGAGCAAGAAGACCGAGAUGAAGGAACGUCAGACUGUGAGAGCCUUUUCUCUCUGGAUUCGCUGUCCUCUGCUUAUAUGACAGCACUAGCAGAGCAGCUGAAACAGGAAGAAGCAGCUCAGAGUGAAGCAGAGAGCGAAGACAGUCAGAUGUCUAAAGAUUCAUUGACUGUGGGGAGCAGUGAGAAAUACUCAACAGUGGAGAAGCUGAGCCAGAGAGUGGUGCCAACUUACACAUCGGUGACAGAUUGCUUCCAUCCGUCCAUGCGGCACAAUAGAACAGCAGACACAAGUUUAGACUUGGACAGCCAGCAGAAACCUCAGGUAAUCCCAGCAGAGGCGUACUGGAGUCAGCAGGGCUCCCCAAAAUCAAGACAUAGUGGUGCAGCAAGGAAGCCUCUUUCCCACAACCCGUUAGUAGCAGAUUCCAGAGGCAGAGACAUUGUGCAUAAAAUGAUUGAGGACUUUGGGAACAUGCAGACCACUUCGGCCAGCAGCCCACGCUCCCUGAGCAGCUGCAGUGUGAGGGAGCCAGAGAACAUGCUGGCUCUCACAGAUGCCUGGUCCUCCACCGAUGCAGCAGACAGUCCCAGAAUUCACAGGGAUUCUUUGCCUUUCCAGAGAAAAAUGAUGUUGAGAGGUGUAGAGAGCAGCAGCAGUCCCAGUCCAACCAGUAUGAACCUCUCAGACUUUCAGAGUGGAUCUACAAGCUGUAGUUCAACAUCCACCAGUACUGAGGGUGUGAGUGUUACAGUGGAGGGCUACAGUGUGGAAAUUUCAAGUGUCACAUCAGAAAGAGUGGAUUUUCAAGACUCUCCGAUUCUAACAACACCAAACGAAGCCCUGAAGGAUGUAGGAUGUUGGGUAGAGCAAUCGGAGGGACAAGUAGAAAAUGUGGCGAAGGCAGUUGGAGAUAUUCCAGAAUUCAGGAGCAUCAAAAGUCAAGCAUCCUUAAUGACCUUUGAUCAAACCGCUUCUGUGUCAUCCACUGAGAUUCACCUCACUAAACAAGCAUCACAAGUAAAGUUGCUUCCGGUGUUUGCAGAUGUAUCUCACACGAUUGCCACUGACGUUAAGAUGUCCUCUGACACUGAAAUGUGUGUGUCAGGUUGUCAAUCAGUAUUGCACGUCUCUGCAAGUCCUCCUUACCAAGAUCAAGUCCUGAACAUGACGUCUGACCCAUCAUGUGCCUUCAAACUGUGCACGAAAGAUGUAGUACAAUGCAAUCUACAUGGUGCAACAGAUACGUUGAAAAAUGUACAGCAACAUGAGCUUGGGAACACCGAAUAUGCCUCUUUCACAAGGGACAAAACAUUGGAUAAGGCUAAAACCAAAGGCGCUGAGCAGCACACUGCUCUACAGCAGGAGCUUGUUAAAUCAGCUUGUAAAAAUUCCAGGAAGAGGAACAAAGACCAACAGGAUGCUUUCAUCGGCAGCCUGAAAAUUCCUAAAAGGAGCAACAGCGGAGAGUUGGUAACUUUCUGCUCUGCAUCAGUUGGCAGCGAGGAAGAUAUUUGGCCAGGUGACAAUAAUGACACCAGUGACUCAAAAGGGGAACAAUCUGCCGCGGAAGCUGAGAGCCCCAGAUUUGAUUCUGUUUGUGUUGGUGGCAGCAUUAGACAAGACACAGUAGCGUCAGAGGCGUCGCCAGUUUCUGAUCCCGUGAGCAGGCAGCUUGGACGGAGUUGCGAGACCUCUGAGGUCUCUGAAUGUGGUUACAAUAGUUCUCAGAAUGGCACCUCUGCGGGGGAGAGCAAAGUAGUUGAAAAGAAAGAUGUAACAAUACAGGAAGUUGCUGCAGAAACAAAAGGGGGUGACUCACUAAUUGAUAACCCCAGAAAACAUCAAGAAAGUAGAAAACACAUGAGCAAGUCAGAUGCUAUUUGUAGCGCCAUUGACCUGAGAAUCUCAGAAGUGGUGAAAGAGCACAUGAGAUUGUCGCUGAUUGGCAGCAAUGGAGACCGAAAGAGCAGGAGUCGAAGCAUGAAUGCCUUGUCAUCCUCUGCGUGUCAUUUUGGCUGUAAUAGUGAUGAAAAUGGAUUGGUAGACCGAGAGCUGAGAGAUAAAAUGAGUGAUCAGGUGAAAGAAAGAGUAACCUUUGAAGGUCACCUUUCAUUGGAAAGGACGACAAGUGAACACGCAAUAGACAACAGUGUGCACUUGGCAUCUGAUAUGCCAGCUGAAUUGAGGACUAGCCAUGAGAGCAACAUGUUUAACUCUACUGAAGUAACUCAGAAGAUUGAACAUGCUCCUACCUUUUCUGAUCAUUGCCUUUUCCAAAACUCUUCUGCUAAAAACCACAACUUCCAAUUAAAUCUGACACUCAAUAGCAACGUAGAGUCUGAGCACUCUAGCAACCCCACUUUGCAACCAGUUAGAUCGUCCUUAUUGAGCAAUUCCUCCAUCGACUCUCAUGGAAACGCUGUGGAGAAAGAUGCUUUGUGUCAAGAAAUGGAGGAUUCACCUAAACAGAAAGUAACAUCCCAUCUUAAUCCUUUGAUCAAACAUGCUUGCUUAAAUGAAGCAGACACCCAGAGCUGUUUUCCUGAACAUCACCAAAUAAUACCCCAUGAAACACCUCCCAGCGAGGGUGACGCAAUAGAAAAUUGUGGCUGUAAUCACGUAAAUGUCAGUAUGGAAACCACAUCCAGUGUGGAAGAUAAAGGCACUUACAAACGGAACAUUCAGCCUUUCCAAAAUAGUCCUGACACAUCUGGAGCCAUAAAAUUAUUUCCUGAUGGAGGAAGCCUUCAAUUCAAAAUGCACGAAUGUCAAAGCAGCCAGUGCACGCCCACUCAUGAGAGCGCCUCAGUGAAAGGGUUUGCUGCUUCUCCUGGCCGUGAUGGAAAUUGUGAAACAAGACGCACAGCACAGGAUGACAUCACCUGUCCGCAGAAUCAUUCAAAUAACUUGGUGCAGACUUGUGUGAUCAAUAUGAAUUACCACAGUAAAUGCCAAAAUGUUUCAGAUUCACUUUGCAAAAUUGUUAAGGAUAAUCAAAUUGACAGUAAACGAGAUUGUGUAAUGAAAAACGACAAACAGACACUGACUCCAAAGAUCUUUGCAGAGGCAAAACAUGAAGCAAGUCUUUCUGGCUCUAUGCAGCCACAACAGAAAAUACCACAGGGCAGUGCCAUCAGAAAUACAUGUUGCUAUGGAUCUGUGGUGUCAAAACAGGUUCAGGUAAACACACCUGGUGAUAAACAGGAUAAUCCUGCUCUUGUGUCCAAAAAGGCAAAGUCUAAGAGGUUCAAAAGGUCCAAGAUCCAGACUCAUCCCACCUCUUCAUCUGAGUCGUCUCUUAAGUCAUCAGAUGAGGAUGAGGAGGAUGACAUAACCACCAGAGCGCAUCACAGCCGGCUCUUAUCGAAAUGUGUAAAGCUUGGUGUGCAGAGUAAUGGCAAACAAGAAGUCAGACAGGCUGCAGAUAUUUCAACUACUGUGUCAGUGAGCAAAUCUAAAAUGAAGAAUUGUCCUGCUGGAGCCCUGGGUACAAGUGAGGUGAAAGUUAGUAGAGAUUAUGCCCUAAAAAGACACUCCUUGCCCCCUCAAACAACAUCUCAAAGGACAAAUGCAGAAAAUAUCAGCCCGUAUGCAAAGAAAAGAGAACCACAGCAGGACUCAGCUAUGCAUUUUGCCUCCAGUGACAUCAACCCUUUUGUUCACCAGUGGCAAGACGAUGAAUCAAACCAACACUGUUAUAAUAAGAACCCUGCGUUCGGGAGUGCCGCUGACCUAUCCUGUAAAUCCCCACUUUUGAACAGCGCUGAGAAGCGUAUAACACGAUGUUGCAGCGUUGGCGAUGGUUUGAACGGGCAGAACUCGCCUUUCUAUUCCCAUCUGAGCACUUACGCCACCAACAAGGGGCUGUCCAGCACGCUUAGCAGCGUGGAAGAUUAUAAGGAACAAGGGGACAAAAGAUCUCAGCUCACGCCCUCUCAACAGGCAUCUGUUGAUAUUCACAAUCAUUUAGCCAAUCUGACUGUGACCGGCAGCUCUGCAAUUAAAGAUGCUCCUGGUGGUUUUUGUAACAACUCCAGUCAAGUGGAUGAAAUAAUGUUUGUGUACUCAUCUGAGCAAGAGUCCCAGGAAAGCGAAACGCACACCCAAAGGAGGAAGACAUGUGAGCAUGGCACUCAAACUGAGCGUGGCCUUCAGUCGGUAACUAUUGGUAACUGCAGCAGCGCUCCAAAGAGAAGAGAGCGGCACAAAAGGAGUAAUACCGAUGUACCUGCAACACAGAGAGCCAAAGCAGACAUUAAAGAAUCUCCGACGUGGGCCAGCAUGGAAAGCAUGUCGGCUCACCUCUCAAAGCUGAUCGACAGCACCUCAGACUUACUUGGAGACGUCCAGGGAAUGAGAACAGGCGAAGCCCUCAAGUCCAGUCCGAGGAGGAGUGUCAACAUGUCAAAUAUCAGCGUGUCUUACAGUGAGUCUCAUGACUGCAAACAGAGAGACUGCUCAACUCAGACAGCCGUAGACGUUGGCAUCCAGACAGAAAGAUCCUCAACACCAGCAGAGAGGGAAGUUCAUCAGAUACUCAAUGAGACGUCCAAAUCUCAUGAAGUCAAUGUCAUAGUCAAAGUGAUUGGCUCUGAGGUUGUCAGUGUGUCUCAAGACAAGAAUGGGCAAAAGAUGCAGAGCAUGCCUGACCUGAGUUUCAACACCUCUGCUGCAUCACAAAGGUCUGUCUCACAAUCAGAGAACCUAAAAACACCAAUAAAGACUGCAGGUGAAUGUCAAAGACGUGUCAGAUCUGCUUCCUCUAGAGGCUCAAAGCAGGUCACGCCUGAUGCACCGUGCCACAAAAGUGUUGCAAUAUCCGAAGUGUCCCGCAGAUCAUCGAAAAACGGCUACCAAGAGAAUCCUUCCAUAAGAAAUGACCCAUUACUUGCCUUAAAGAAACAAGCCACAUACACAGACCGUGCAUCGUCUCCAAUUCUGACUGUGGGAACAAGAUUACGCGGAAAGCAGAGAGGAAACCAAUCAAUGCUGAGUUCUCCGAAAUAUCAGAAUGUAAGUAAAGUCCAUAAUUCUGAGAAAGACAGCUUUACCUCUAGCAAACAAUCAGCAUGUACGACUGUUUCAGAGGGUGAUCAAACCCCCAGACACAACUGUGAUGUUUCCUCUUGUGCAUCAGAAUCUGUUUCACUUGAGAAGGUGAGUGACAUGACUUGCUCAAGCCCUAAAAGGUCUGAUGAGUACUCUAUAAGUUCAUCACUUUACAGAUAUACAGACACAGACAGGAGGAAUUCUACCUGCAAAGACUCCAAAUGGCAGGCGACCUCUCAGCAGUGGACGACUUCCACUUCAACAAAAGUCUUAACAAUGCAGAGCCAAAUCUCUCCCAUUUUAAGACAGACUGAUAUGCACAAACAGCAGGCAAACACAAGACAUGGAAAAGCAUCAAGCUACACACGACCUGCAGUUGAUUCAGUAGAUUUUUGCGUUGAUUCCUACAAUCCAUCCCCCGACAGCAACAGGACUGUUCAGCUUCAGGAGGACGACAUGGUGUCACUGGCACCCAGCGAGUGCAACACAGACAUCCUCGUGAACACUGAACCCGUCACCAGUGUGUCUCCGAGUCACAACCACCACAUAGCUCCAGAAGACCUGCCAUUGCACAACAAGUUCACCAACUGGUCGGGCAUCAACCUUCAACCGUCAAAAUGCUCCAACAAACCAGCCGCAUUUCCCACCAAAGACCACGACACCUGCAGAAACUGCGCUGAGUGGAGUGAGAUGGAGAGCUACGGCUCAAAUGUAGAAUCCAGGACGCAGAGCGACAGAAGGGCGAGAGAGAUCGAGAGGCUGCGGCAGGAGAGAGAGCAGGUGAUGGCGACGGUCAGCCUCAGUAUGAACCCGACACCGCUGACUGUGGAGCUGACAGAGGCCAAGCUGCACUACGGCCUCGGAGAGACAGAUACACUGUUGAAGAUGGUGUCCCCGAGGACCACAGAAGAGCUGGAGCCGUCAACCUCUGCAACCACCAAACAGCAGCUGUAUGAUAGACACCGCAGGAGUAUCGCUGGUUUGAGGCAGGAGAGAGAGGAACGUCUCCAGACUUACCGCAGAGCUCGUAGUCUAAGUCCCAGCAAACAUCCUCGCUCCGCUCCCCAAGAGGCUGUUUCCUCCUCCAAGGUGUCUGCCGCCAUGCCCAGUCGGCGCAACGAGUACCUACAACAGCUCCGCCAAGAGGUGAUAGACAGCACCAGAAUAUCAGACCCCGCACGAGGAGAAGGCCAGUGUCCGUCUGACAUCGAGCAGCUGUUGCGCGACUACAGCCGAGCCCGGGAGGAGGCCAGGACGGAGAUUGCGAAGGCGCGAGAACGACUGCGAGAAAGGACUGAGCAGGAGAAGAGGAGGCUUCAGCAGCAGGCCCUGUCUCAGGAAGCCAAGGAUGACCUGAGGCAUCGGACGAGAAUCAGUAAUAGCACCUUGUGCACUGGAUCCAGCCUGAGCCUUUCCUCUGGACCAACAUCUGGUUACAACAGCGGCAACACAGCUCAGCUACAGCACGGCAACAGACCAGUUUUGACUGGACAGAUCACAGGUUUUCAGGAUGAAGGGCUGAAGGUCAGGACACGUCCCCCUAUAUGUGGUCCUCAAAGUGUGAAGACACAGAGAGUCUGGCUGUCUGCCCAUGAUGUCCGCCUUGACCCUCCUGUCAUCGGGUUUGAGCCCCUGAUGGCUUCAUCCCCAUCACCCUCAACCUGUACACGUCAACGCACCGCUUCCUUUGGCUCCUCCUCUUCCAUAUCAACAACCUACCAGGAUAUCACAUCUAGUCUCCUUGGCAGAGCUCUGGCUGAGGUGCGACUAGCUUCGUCUGGGGAUUUGAGCAAUCUGCUGAGGGGCAAGGCCACAGCAGGCUGGAGGUACCAGGGAGACGAACGAGGUAUCCAGGCUUACUACAAGCCCUCCUCCAGCCCGUCUGUCCAUGGUUUCCUCGGGGCCGGGGAGCUGGACAGACCGCUGGACAGUCUGUGGAACAUAAUCUGCCAGCUGUCCAAGAGCCACAUGUAUAAUCAGUCAGUCCGUUCUGUCUGGACACGACCACUAGAUGACAGCACUCAGCUGGUUUACAUACUAACAGAUCCGUCCACCUGCCACCUCAGCCAGCCGCGGGACUUCUGCUGCAUCAGCACCGAGUCCAAACAGGGUGGCUUGUGCGUGCUGGCAAUGCAGUCUGUGUUCGAGGAGUCACUGCCCCGUCCCAGUGUGGAUGCUGUCCGAGGGGAGAUGAUGCCCAGCUGCUGGGUCCUGCAGCCAAUUAGACGCGGUGGACAAGAAGCCACCAGGGUCAUUUACCUGCUUCAGGUGGACCUUGGAACUCCGUCCUUCCCCCACCGACUGUUGGACACUGUCGCCAGAAGACAGGCAGCAGUCAUCGCUGAUCUUGAUGUCUUCCUCUCUAAAUCUGCAGGACUCAUGAAGACACAUUAGCAGUGAGCACUUAGACUAAAACGUCUCCAGCACGGAGUCAGUCUGUCGUUUCAAUUUGCACCUGAAAUUUAUUUACUUGACUUUUUUUUUUAAUUCUAAGAGCACUGUUACAUUGAUCCCCCGUCACAAAGUUGAAGCAGCUUUUUUUUUAUAUGAAGGUAUUUUUUAUAAAAUAUUGAAACUGUAUUUUUGUAUUUGUAAUGUACAUGAAUGCUUGUAACAAUCAUAAUCCUGUUUUACCAAAGAUUUGUUAGAUGUCUGAGGGGAUAACUUCGCAUGGCACAUUUAGUUUAUUGUGUUAAGGUUUAGACGAUUGAUUUAAUUAUCCAAGGCUGCAAGUUUUUUCCACCUAAUUGAUUCAUUCAUGUGAUUAAAAUGUUUAAUUAUAACCUGAUAAAUAUCAGCCAUUUAGCUCCCUUGAUAGUUAUAUGGUGUCUAAUGAUUUCUACCAUAUUUUGACUUAGACAGCCAGGUCAUCGUCGUAGCUAGAGAACCUUCUAAAGUGAGGUUUAAAAGUCAGUCAACAAAUAAUCAAAGGUUACACUGAUGUGAUGUAUAUUUAAUACACGAGUGUGUUUUCACCAGUGUUUACUUUCUAUCUAUCUAUCUAUGUAUGAUAGAUGGAUGCAGCCAGCUUUGUUGUUACAGUGACAUGUCACGUGAGACCAUAUAACGAAGGCAGCAUCACACUGCUCCACAUCAGGGUCGGGCACUUUUUGCAAAUACUUCACGGCUUUGUUUUGAAGUCAGAUUUGACAAUAAAAUGAGAGCUGUAACACUGAGAUAGGAAAGCAUUUGAAGGUCAGUUCAGUUUUUUUCAACUGAGGCAACACCUGAAUCGUCCUGGUGAAGUAAACCACAUCCAUACACAUGACAGAAUUAUUUACAAAUACUGUCUCACCCUGAUUUGUUGCAGCACAUAUUUGUAAUUAUUUCCUCAGGCACUGCUUUUGUUAACCACUUUAAAAACCCCAAGGCUGCGUUCACAUUGCAAUUCCAGUUAUUUCCGUGGAUCUGAUCAUUCUGCCUGGACUGUUCACAUUCACAUUUGAAAUGAGACACAUCCGACGUCAGUGUGAACUGAUCUCUGCCCUUAAACUCACAUACAACCAAUAAGGUCACACACAUGUGCAAUGGAAUAACAACAAAAAACAUCACAUUUCUGGAGCGUGCAUUUGGGGUAAAGAAUGAAUGCCAUAGCUGUACAUGCUUCAUUCCCGUUUAAUCAGUGUACUGUUUUAUUUUUUUAUUUAUUUUAGUUGUUUCAAAUUUAGGUGUAUCUAGUUCGUAAAAUGUUGAGGCAGAGGGUACUUGCUGUAGCUCUGGUUGAGGGUGAGAGGCUGUCAGCAAAUAGUUUGUUGGUCACAGGGAAACGGAGGUCCGUGUGGGUACAUGAGACCCUAAAACAGAGGGUGGAUCAUGGGGAGUACCACCAGUUGGUCCAGGAGCUUCUCCUCCAUGAUGGCCAUUUCCAGGCAUAUUAUAGGAUGACUCAGGGGCAGUAUGACGACCUGCUGUCUAUCGUUGGACCGUAUAGUUCUGAGUAUCCAGCAACCUCUACCACCAGUUAUUCCUCCAUUGUUUACCAACUGUAAACAACGUCAUGACCACCACAGAAGGCCCGCCUCUCAAAUCAUCUGAUUGGACAAUGGAGAAAAGGCGGAGAUGAUGUGAGGCGUUUUCCUGCUCUGAGUUGAAGUUUUGUCAACUCGAGGCAUUCAGAGUGCCCCAGCAAAAACUGCAGGCUCUUAGAGCGCAGCAAAAAGCUUCAUUCUCAUUAAAAUCAAUUACAAAAAGGCGCCUCCAGCUGCUAAAAUGCGUCCUGUGUGAUCAAGGUCUAAUGACAUCUUUCUGCAUAAUUAUUAGCCAUGUGCUGCUGUCUGGGAGAGUGUGUAGCAUAUUUUCGGAGAAGUAUCAUUUUGGAUAAAUAUGGGCACUUGUUUUUGGGAUAAUAGGCUGUUGUACAAAUUGGCUUUCGUCCACUGGCUCUGUUAGCAGCUGUUGCUGGUAGUUCUGUGGAGAAAGAGGUGUGGGUGUGGCCAAAAGGCCGCUUUAUGGAGGGUUUCACGGAGGAACAGUUCUUCCAAACUUUAGGAUGACCGGGGCUACAAUCCAAUAUCUGUUGGAGCCUCAUGACAAGGCUGUCACGGCACAUAGGAAAGCUGACUCAUGAAUUCAAUGUGGAAAAAUCAGAUCUGUGUCACAUGAGUGCAGAAAAAUCAGAUUUGGGCCACCGUUGCCUUGUGAUGUGAACGUAGCCUCAUUCUGCUGAAAAUGAACUUCAGAUGUCCUUCAACAGUUUUGCAGCAACAUGCAGAUAUAAGAGACUGUACAAAGAUUAUCAGGGGGGAUAAGAGUGUUUUUUUUCCUGUCCCAAAUUUUAUUUCAGCCUUCAUUUGCAAUGUAGUUGAUAGUUACAUAAAUAAAAACUUUAUAAAGGUUUGAGGGAAGCAUUGAUAACCCUGAGGGGGGCUUUGCUUUUUGACAGAGUGAAAUACAAAGUUCACCCCCCUCCUCACUUCCCUGAUAACUUCUCUACAGCCCCUAAGCUAUGUAUUGAAUUAUAAGGUUGUGUAUUGGAGGAAAGCUUAGAAUUAUUUAGCUACUCUUAAGACUUUGUAAUAUAUGUAUUUAUCUGUGUAGGGACGGCACAUUUGAAACCACUCGGCAGCACUCUUGCUGCAGGAAAUCUAGUCCUAAAUUUGUAGCAUAACAAGGAGGUAGUGGGUUUUAUAGAACAAGUCAAAGGCCAAGUAGGCAGAUUUCAACCAAAGCUGUCUGGGUCAAUCCCGUGUGUCUGCAAGCAUCUGGACUGCUAAAGUGCCCUUGAGCAAGAUACUGAAGAUCCCAGCAGCUCCGGGAUGAUGCUCGUGUUUUUAUAUAAGAGCUGCAGUAAGAUAAAGACACAGUUCGGUACCCUGAAUCUGCGUCAGCUGAGUUUAAGGCCUUUUGUUUCUCACCUGUUUCUGAAGUCGUAUUUAUUUGCGCUCCUCUUGCCUUCUGUUUGAAAUGCUGUUGAAUGUGUUUUUACAGUUUUUAUGGGGUUGUUUUUUACAAGCAGAGCACGGUGCUGUGUUUACAGCCGCUUGCACAGAAACUCGUUAAUGCAUGUAUUGAUGUUACAUAUUAAAAAGUGAUUCUGUUUUUGUUUGUACAGUGUUGAAGCUAUGCAGACGCCGAUCAGAGGCAGGACUGUUCUCAGUCAGAGCUGGGUCAGCUGUAUCCAGAUAUGAAGCCAUAUUAUUUACAGUAGUUGAAGGUUCAGGACUGUUUUUGGCAGCGGCGCUCGGUUUUUAAGACGUUCCCGGGGGAACCAAAGAGAAAGAGACACAAAUACUGAAGACCCAGAGAGAAGGAACAUUGUACCUUUUGUACUGAUAUCUUUUUAUGUGUUUCUAUAUAUUUUUUAAGUUCUCGUUUCAUUGUGUAAAAAGUUAUUUAUGUGUUGAUGAUGUGUUGUAAAUGUAUUUUAUUAUAAACACCCUGCUUCCUGUUGCUAAUAAGAUGUUAAGUGGCCUGUGUGUUUGGCCAUUUUUUUAUGAAUACAAUACAUAUUUUA